CCGUCUCUCGAGUCCAGGGAAGAGACAGGUGACAGGCCGGAAUGCGCGCCCUGGGUUCGGGGGGCCCAGCUGAGGCCGCGGAGGGGAACUGCGGCCAAGGCGGAGGAGUAGCGAGGUCACGGGACUUGUAGUCAGAACAGGUUCCGGCCAGACUACAGCGCCCACAAUGCACCGGGCGAGCGCGUCGCCGUGGGAAUGCGGCCGAGCUCCGGCGGGACCCAAGGAAGCGGGGGAGGGCGUUUCCUGUCUUUCUGCGUCCCCCGGACCCUGGACCAGUGGGAAAAACAGCGGAAAUGGUCUUCGCGCCCCGGGAAACUGCGAGGACAAAUGAACGGCGAAACGUGAGAGGGUUGCCGGCAAUCGAAACAAAACUGCCUACGCUAACUGUAUGCUAACCUAUGCACCGUCUCACUUUGAACCCCCGAAUGUGCCUUUCGAGCAGGUAACCUCACUUCAUGCAGAAGAAAGAAAAGUGAAAGCCAUGAAGCUCAAUAUCUCCUUCCUCAUUGCUGAAGCACAGCUUACAACAUGUCAUCCUUAGACCUUCUCAGAGCACGAGGCAGGUCUAGGCCUCUUCCAGGUUUUGAAGAUUCAGGGAUGAGGAAUGACUGGCCCACAGGCGGUAUAAGGCCCAUGAAAUCAAUGCCAGCUGACAUCACACGCCUCACCAAAGAGAAGCAGUUCCAGCCGUCACAUUAGAGUGAGGAGGCAUUACACAUUUAGAGCCUGUGAUGGGAUGUGGUCCGAUAGCUCACAUUUUUAAAAACAACUCUGACAGCAAGAUGGAGCCAAGGAGAAAAAGACAGAGCCAGCCUAUACAGUUCAGACAACCGAGAGUAUGCCUCCAACUGUGGCUACAGAAGCUUAUUUGAAAGCUUUGGCUGUUUGCCAUGGACCUCUGGACCACUAUGACUUUCUGAUCAAAGCUCGUGAGUUAAAGGACGAUGAAAAUCAAAGAAGAGUCAUACAGUGUUUGCAGAAAUUGCACGAGGACCUUAAAGGAUAUAGUAUAGAGGCAGAAGGCCUUUUUUCAAAGCUUUUUUCAAGGAGCAAACCUCCAAGGGGCCUCUAUGUUUAUGGAGAUGUUGGUACAGGGAAAACAAUGGUGAUGGACAUGUUUUAUGCUUAUGUGGAAAUGAAGAGGAAAAAACGGGUUCAUUUUCAUGGUUUCAUGUUAGAUGUUCACAAAAGAAUACACCGCCUUAAACAGAGUUUGCCAAAAAGGAAACCGGGAUUCAUGGCUAAAUCAUAUGAUCCAAUAGCUCCCAUAGCUGAAGAAAUCAGCGAAGAAGCAUGUCUCUUAUGUUUUGAUGAAUUUCAGGUCACUGACAUUGCUGAUGCCAUGAUUCUGAAACAGCUUUUUGAAAAUCUGUUCAAAAAUGGGGUCGUCGUUGUGGCAACAUCCAACAGGCCACCGGAAGAUCUCUAUAAAAAUGGACUACAACGAGCUAACUUUGUACCAUUCAUAGCUGUUCUGAAGGAAUACUGUAAUACAAUCCAGCUGGACUCUGGGAUAGAUUACCGGAAAAGGGAACUUCCUGCUGCAGGGAAGCUCUACUACCUCACAAGUGAAGCUGAUGUGGAGGCUGUCAUGGAUAAGUUGUUUGAUGAGCUGGCUCAGAAACAAAAUGAUUUAACUAGACCAAGGAUUCUAAAAGUGCAAGGCAGAGAGCUGUGGCUGAAUAAAGCCUGUGGAACCAUUGCCGACUGCACAUUUGAAGAGCUGUGUGAGAGACCUCUUGGAGCCAGUGACUAUUUGGAACUAUCAAAGAAUUUUGAUACAGUAUUUUUACGGAACAUUCCACAAUUUACCCUGGCGAAAAGGACUCAAGCUCGAAGAUUCAUAACUCUCAUUGAUAACUUUUAUGAUUUCAAGGUGCGCGUAAUUUGCUCCGCAUCGACUCCUUUAUCAAGCUUAUUUCUGCAUCAACUUCAUGACAGUGAAUUGUUGGACCAAAGCAGAAUAAUGAUGGAUGAUUUGGGGCUGAGCCAGGACGCAGCAGGCCUGUCCAUGUUUACCGGAGAAGAGGAGAUCUUCGCGUUUCAGCGCACACUCUCCCGACUCACCGAAAUGCAGACGGAGCAGUACUGGAGUGAAGGGGACAGAAGCAAGAAGUAACCAUCACUUUUGCAUGAAUAAAACGCUGGACAAAUGAUUACCGAAGGGAGAACUCUUUAUUAUGGGACUUGAAGGAAUCAUUUUCUCAUCAUUAAUUAUGCGCUCUGUCCUCUGGACCAUUUUUAUCUAAAAUUGUUGUCAAAGAUGUAGUGGAUUAGUAAGUUAAAGCCAUUUCUAUAGGUCUACUCUGUGCCUGUUUAUUUGGCCUUAUUUCUGCACCACAAAGAUAAAAUCAGCACUCUUGAAGAUUAAUGUAGGACCAGACAUUUGGCUUCAUAUUAAGCCACCUGAAUGAACCUUGAACACACACACAGUAGAUGCAGGUGUCCGCACAUGUCCAAGCUUUGGCUAUAUAGUAGCGGCACAAUAGAAACACAUCUUUUAUGAGAGGAGGAAAAAAAACCCACUACAUUUCAAUUCAAAGCAAAGAAAGCAUUCUGAUCUUACUAUAAGCUAAAGGGAAUAACAUUUUUGAACAUGGGCUUAUACAUGUGAUUUGGGGGGGCAAGAGAUUGUAUAUUUAGGUUUUCUCACAACAGAGAGUGUGUUUUUUAUCCUGAGGUCAAGUUUGUCAGGCAGGACUCCACCUACAGCGGACACAGAGUUGUCUGAAAAAAGUGAGGAUUAUGAAACCAUGGAAUAAGGAGCAAGGGCAUCAAAUUCCAACCAACAGACAGGUCCCCCAACUCUGAUAGCCAGUAAGAGGACAGAUAGCAGGAAUAGUAGGGGCCAGGGAGAGAGUGUCCAGAGGGGCAGAGUCCUGGACACACCAGGCAGCAGAGUGGCCUCCUCACCUGCCGUCAGCAGGACCCCGAAGGACAGCAGGCACCGCCUACUGCUCAUAGCAUUGUCUCCGGUUGCAGGAUGCCACUCCCCACCCUUGCCUCUGCUCCUGCCGCGAGAUGGUCCUGCUAGUAUAUAGGAGAGAAUACGUGACGACUCUAC